CUGCUUUUUCCGUUAACUUUUAGAUCGAUUUUAACUUUUCCCUGGGUGGAGUUAGGGGGCAAAGUUAACAUCACGUGCGCUAAGACAGGUUACGACGCUUCAAUCACGUUUCACACCAAGCCGUUUUAUGGCGGGAAACUUCACCGCGUCACGGGUGAAGCCAAGAACACUUCAACAGGACGGGUCAUCUGUAAAGUUAAUGGCGAGUGGAAUGGAAAAAUAGAAAUCAGCUUCACAAGUCACCUGGUUUGUGUUUAUUUCUGUUACGCUUAAUAAAAGCUUCUUUUCCCAAACUGAAACCAUACAGGUGACUGAAUGCCUUGACAAAUUACCUACAAGUCUUUUAUGUAAGAGGCUUGGGAAACACUGAAUUUGUUAUUUCUCCUUUAGGAAGAACCAAAAAUCAUUGACACUAGAGAACUUCCAGUUUUUCGGAAGAGAGUUUGUCCAGAAUCAACUCAAGACGAGUGCGAGUCGCGACGCUUUUUGGCAUAA